AUGACUCUUCGGGAUGUUGAGAAGCUGAGGCUAUGGCGGUUAAAGAUAUUCCGAAACCAGCAACCCAUUCUCCGUGCGAAACCUCCCCACGCCAGUAGAAAAACCCAGUACUUGUUUCAGAAGAUCGACAAUGUCAAAUCACAGUUCGGCACAGAUGGCAAAGGCGAUCUCUUGUGGCAGCGUGAUGGAAUGAAUCCAUACCACGAUCUGUACGACCCCGGAGACUUAAAGACCCAUAGAUUGUCGGUUACUAAGCUUUUGACCAAAUCGUGGUGCGAGUUGCGCUUCGCUUACGAUCUAUACUCAAGGCUACCUCUGUUUAGAGAAGCACACUUGGCCGCCGGUGAACGCACACACCAAAAAUUGGAGAACUCCGAGCAUACUCCAGUGAUCAGACCUCAGGACAUACCGCAAUUCUCAGAAACAGUGGAAAUAGUAGAGGAUGACUUGCAUGUGUUGGCGGCCUCCUGGGCAGAAACUAUCACUAGGCUUAUACACCUUUUCUCAAGUGGAGACGCAAGAGAAAUACUGUGUCAUGGGUACCUGAAUAAAGAAACAAACCAACUCUAUGAUCCUAUGGAAACAGAAGUUUGGGACCCAUCACAACAUAUCUUGAUUAGCGGCAUUAUCGAUCAUUUGACGCUCACCUCAAAAAACGGAAAUCUUCCAUUAAACAAUCACCAUAGAUCAAUCGACGACUCCAUUGCCAAACUUAAGAAUACUCGUAAUGAAUUUGCUAAAAACGGCUUGACUAUUCAAAUAAGUGAUGUCAAAACAAGGACAAGGAAAUUUAUACCGCCUCAGGAAUCGGUUCAAAAUGCCACUAAAUUACAAUUGAUGUACUAUAGACAUUUUUUACUAAGUCUAGGCACCGACUCAGACAAUACUUAUGAGAUGUUGUUGUACAAUGCAAGAAUACGAGGUGUGGAUGUAGAUCAGCCAUUAAACCCUGCUAACUGUUUGUUAAUAAUGAUACAGAUGGACGGAUUUGUUGGAGACUUUGUCAAAUUGCAAAACGGUGAUGGGUUUCAAUUUCCUAAAUUUGAUAACGCUCCAAUAUCUCAUUCGUUCACACUAGCGGAUGCCAAGCAUCAUCAAUUCCUCCAAAAUAUAAACUCUCAUGAACUGGCUGGUCAACUCUUGAACGGUACUUUUGCUAAGCCUAUUACGUUAAGGUAUUUUGCCAUGAGACUUGCACAAAUGUACAGUAUGUUGACUCCAUUGAUCUCAGAAAAACUAAAGGUAGAAUACUAUCAUAAUAACGAGUGUUUCCAGGAAGUUGAGUUCGUUAAUGAUAAGAAAAGCUUAGGUGAAAGUUGCAGGAGUGCAAGUAGUUUUUGGUUUGGCAAAAGGGCCAUUGAACCCGUAGAAGCUACAACUUUCAAUUACAAUCAGUAUUGUAAGCACUGCGACUAUCGAGAUCAUUGUGCAUGGAUAAAAGAUAGCCUUGCUAAAAGUACUAAGCUUGGAGAUGAGUUGACUCAGAUUGCUAGAAGAAUCCAUAAUAUUUAA